AUGGAAGAAGGAAAAGGAGAAGUGAAGCACGUCCUGCUCGCCAAGUUCAAGCCGGAGAUUUCAGCCGAGGAGAUCGAAAACCUGAUCAAGGGUUACUCCAAUCUGGUCAAUCUCAUCGAACCCAUGAAGGGUUUCCACUGGGGAACGGAUGUGAGCAUCGAGAAUCUGCACCAGGGGUUCACUCACGUCUUCGUCUCCACUUUUGAGAGCACUGAAGGGAUCGCGGAGUACGUGGCUCAUCCUGUCCAUGUGGAGUUCGCCAACAAGUUCUUGCCUGCCCUCGACAAAGUCCUGGUCGUCGAUUACAAGCCCACAUCAGCUUAG